AUGGAAAACCAAGUUUCAGCCGUUGGCUCCUCUCAGGUUACAAAGAAAGCAAAGCAGUGCAUCAAGCAUCGUCGGGGGAUGUUCAAUUAUCCCAAUGGAUGCAAUAUACGCGAGAACUACACUCCGGACGAUGCCAACCAAUGGGUAACCGUCUUCUUCAACUGGGCUGAUCGUCUUUACAGCGACGAGGAGCUGAUGGAUCUUGUGAUAGCUCGCAUCAACGCCCGGGAUGGCACCAUUUCGUCUCAGCCCGUUCACCACGAUAUUCGAUGGUGCUUGUCGUUAUGUGUGCCAGGAAGUUGGCAUGCCAGCGAUUUCUCUAUUGCCGGCACAGCGAAGGCUGUUGCGCAAUGGUACCAGAGUGAGAUGCGCCAUGCAGGGAUAUGCAUCAAUCGAGGAUAUAUGUUCCGUGAUAAUCAUCGAAAGAAACAUUGA